CACACACACACACACACACACACACACACACACACACACACACACACACAAGCACACACACACACACAAGCACACAAGCGCACACCAUGGGGCAAAGCCAGAGGGAGGAGGGGCACAGCCAAGGGAAGGAGGAGGAGGAGGAGGAGCUGUAUCGCGUUGCUGUGGUGGACCGGUUUGACGACAAGGAGGAGGAUUUUGAGGAGGCACAGUGGAUGACUUCGUGGUUGGAGGAGAAGAAGAAGAAGAACAGAUCAACGACUGGCGGCAAGGGCGAGGACGCAACGGCGUCACGGCGCUUGCUGCUGGCAGUUGCACAGCGCACAUCCCUCACACAGGCUGCGCUCCAAGCCGCAGACGAAAUUGCAAUCACGGACUUUGGCACAGCAGGCGUUGCUCAGAGGGCCAUUGCGUUGGGAAACACGUUUCACAAAACCGCGGUGCUAGCUGGCUUGGGCGGACUCAUUGGCACAAGCGCAAAUCGACUGAGAAUACCGGCACUGGGCCUCCUGGGGCUCAGCGUCACGUGCGCCCUCGCAUACGACCUCGACUGGCAGCGUGACUUCCUCUGCAAAUACCAGGUCCACAAGGACCGCAGCAGCCCGCCCAUUGUCUGCCAGUUCCUUGCACCAGGCGCAGAGGCAACCGUCCUUGUCAGGCGCGACGACAGCGCCCGCAAAGUCCUGCACAACACCAUCGCCUUCCUCGCCCUCGCUGCUGCCACGUUCACCGCCCACCGCGCAGGGUGGAUCCGCUUCUCAUGAGCCCUGAGCGUGGCGGUUGUCUUGGUUGUUGCCGUGGUUGUUGCUUUGGUGCUUGUUGCCUGAGUUGCUGGUUGUCGUUGUUGCCAUUGCGAGGGAACGAGGGUGUGUGCUUGACGCAUGUGUGCGCAUGUACACGCAUGUACGCAGUGUGUCGGAAGCGAGGUCGGGACGACCAUUGCCCACCACCAUUGCCCAGCAGUCGUACAUGAAGCGCAACAAUACAAAGCAGCUGUGUGGCCGACGCAGACUUCUG